ACUCGAAGGUGAAAACUGAAGUUGAUGAAAGCCUGUUCGGGGAGCUCGGGCCAAGGAAUUGGAACGUACCGGGGAUUCUUUGAACGAGCUGUGCUGGGCUCCACCCCGCCACUGCCCGCUUUACCCCACCAGCGCAAGGCGAAACCCAACACCCCCCCGGUCGCCCCACGAAAGAGUCAUUCCAUAUAAAGCGCUAGCACACCGGCCCCUCUCCAACCGCUUUUCCUUUCCACUCAAAUCGGCAUCACACCGGCAAGACGACAGACUCGUCGAACGAUACAGCAGGCGGGACCUUGUUACUUGAGUCUCGAACACGCAAAUACAAAAGAAACUCUUCCCGACGAUAAUCGCCUGAGCGAGUCCUGUUAGAAUGCCCAAGAACAAGGGAAAGGGCGGCAAAAACCGCCGCAGGGGAAAGAACGAGAAUGACAACGAGAAACGCGAGCUCACAUUCAAGGAAGAUGGCCAAGAAUAUGCGCAGGUAUUGAAGAUGCUGGGGAACGGUAGACUCGAGGCCAUGUGCUUCGACGGCGUCAAGCGCCUCGGUCUCAUCCGCGGCAAGCUGCGGAAAAAGAUCUGGAUCAACAACGGCGACAUCAUCCUUGUCUCGCUGCGCGAGUACCAAGACGAGAAGGGCGACGUGAUUCUCAAGUACUCUGCCGACGAGGCCCGCUCUUUGAAGGCAUACGGCGAACUCCCAGACACGGCCAAGAUCAAUGAGACAGACACAUUCGGCCCUGGCGAGGACGGCGACUGCGGCUUCGAGUUUGACGAGGACCGCGAUAGCGAAAGCGAUACCGGCGGCAAUGCCGGUGGGAGCAAGGAGAUCGAUAUUGAGGACAUCUAAGCUCCCAGCUAUUUUCGUGUCUGACGUUGUUGUUGGGGCUUGUGUGGAUGUGCUCACUUCCCUUCGGGGCGUGACCCACCCUUUCCUACCUCGUUAUUUCUUUUUUUUUACCUCGUUGCCCACUAGCCGAGU